UUAAAUGCGACGACACCGUUGCUGAAAUCACCUACAUAGCCCUCGCAAUGUUCGCCGGCUACCUCGUUACGUGCUCCCUAGCUACCGUUCUCAUCAUCAAAUACAUCGGGAAGAAAUGGACUUUCGUGAUCAACCACUUUAUCUGCACCAUUUUGGGGGUCAUGGUUAACUACCUGAACAUGUAUGGCGGAGUGCUUGCGUUGGGGGCGGCCUCGGUGAAUGUGACGUGUAUGGGGAUUGUAACUACUUAUGCUAUUGAAUUGUUCCCGACAUAUAUGAGAGCUAUGGCGGUGUGUCUCACCAUACUCUUCGGUCGAGCUGUGUCGAUAGUCUUUUACAAUACCAUUGGCGCUCAGCUGCAAAAUAACUGCUCUAAUUUCAUAUUUAUCUUGGCACGCUUGAUUGCUUUUGGUGGCUUUGUUGGAAUCUUUCUCCCAUCUGACAGAAACAGAAUGAAAAAAGAAAACGUGAAAAUCGAGAAGAGCAAAGAUAAAAAUGAACCAUGCAGCAGUUGCAGCACUACGUGAAAUUCUAAAGGCCCUACAACAUGGUGACGA